AUGAUUAACAUGAGAGUUAUUCGCAAAAUUAAUAGCUUCCCUAUUUGGAACCAAAUCAUGGAUAACAUAAUUCUCACUGAUAACCUCAAAGCUCAAUAUAGUUAUUCAAAAUUUUUUUAACGAAAAAAUUUAAUUAAAGCCUAAUCUUUUAAUAGGAGUAAAGGUCAUAAUAGAGAUUCUAGUAGUUCUAGAGGAUAAAAGUUUGAUUAAGAUGGCUUAUGUAGUGGCCAAUUUGUUGACUUUUCCCCCCUUGUUGAUUUAAUAAGGGAAGAAGGAUUACUACAAAUUGAAUUCUUUAUACAGGCCUUUGGACUUGAAGAUCAGAACCAAGAAUCUUGGUAUGAUUAAAUUGCUAUAUAGGGUCUCUAUUUUGAUGCUAUUCAAUUAGCUAGAAGCUUAUAAAGCCUAAAGAACUUUUUAAAUAAUUCGGCAUUAAUAAACACAAAUUCCCUUUUUAAAAUAAUUAGGAGGGAGGUUAAUUCGACUAAUUGACUGUUUGCAAAGCCAUCUUGGAUGAUUUUGACCCUCUAGAGCUACGAGACACUCGACUAUGUCCUAUGUUCAUAUUAGGUGAUACAGCCUGAUUAAAUCUUUUGCAUAAAAAAUUUACUUUCAU